AUGGCCAUUAAAUUAUUCAUUACAGGGACAGAUACUGAUGUUGGAAAGACAUUUAUUUCAGCAUUGUUGUGCAAAAGAUGGUCUGCAGGUUACUGGAAACCAAUUCAAACAGGUUUAGAAUCUGACCCAGGUGAUACCAAGACGGUUUCAGAUUUACUUGGAAGUUCUUUGGUUACUUCAACUCCUGCACUAGAAUACCAAAAACCAUUAAGCCCUUGGAGAGCAGUUGAAUUGGAAAAUAGAGAAGCAAUUGAUAUCAAAAAAAUUUCAGUCCCCAAGGAGUUGGAGCAAAAUAAAGAAGUUUUAAUUAUUGAAGGUGCUGGUGGUGUCUUUGUUCCAAUAACUGAAAGUUUAAUAACAACUGAUCUGAUCCAACAUUUUGAUUGCCCAGUAAUUGUUGUCGCAAGAUCUGAACUUGGAACAUUGAAUCAUACUUUGUUAACAAUUGAGCAUCUUAAGAACAGAGGAGUCAAAGUGAUUGGUGUUGUUUUGAAUGGGGAUUUGAAUAAUGAUAAUUCAAGAACAUUGGAGGCUUUUGGUGUUAAAAUUCUUUUUCAAAUUCCUAGAGCAUCUACAUUGGAUGAGGUUGAACAUUUAGUUCCAGAUUUAAAAGACGUGUAUAAAAUUUAA